CAUAUACAUACCUUAACAUAGCAGUUACCAAUUACGUGUUGUGAGGCACGAAGGUUGAACAUUUAUUGAAUAACAAACAUGAUAUAAUCAUGCGCAUAAAAUGAUAUAAAGUUCAUGAAGAGUUAAGUUUUUUACUAACAUGGAUAUGGUGAAGAUUAUGUUUUAACAUCAACGAAUAAAAGAAUGUGAAUAUUUGUUAAUAGAAUGAAUGACAUAGCAAAUGCAUGGUUCAAUAGAAAUGAUCAGCCGGGCACAUACAGGAAUGGAAGUCUUAGCUUUACUGGAAACGCUGGGGAUUUUUUUAAUCAAAACACACGAAGUGAAACAGAUAGCAGUAGGACUACAUCAUUUAACAAUUCUCAAAACUCGAGACGAGGACCGAAGUACCCACAAUACUCAAUUACAUGUAUAAGACUUUCUACUUUUCAAACAUGGCCAACCAGUAUACAACAACACCCAGAAACUAUGGCAGAGGCAGGAUUUUAUUAUAUAGGCAACAAUGAUCAUGUGCGAUGUUUUCAUUGUGGUAUUGGACUUCAGAAUUGGGACUCAGAAGAUAAUCCUUUUGUAGAACAUGCUAGGUGGUCCCAAGAAUGUCAAUUUCUCAAGGACAAGAAAGGUUUGGAUUUCAUUGCUACAGUACAAGAUGCUGUCAGGAGGGUACAACUGGAGGAAGCAUUGAAUACUGAUGGCGUAGCACAAACUUUCGAUAGUAAUAAUAAUAGUGACUGUGAAGAAGAUGGAAUAGCUAGAUCAGAGGACAAAGGCAGAGACUUCUUACCAAGUGGGAAACCUCCUACAAAGGCAGAGAAGAAAAACCCAUUGCUGACAGAUGCGGCUCAGAGUAUACUUACAAUGGGAUAUCUACCUAAAGUUAUCAGAAUAGUUGUUGAUAGAGUUUUGAAAGAGAAAGGCUGGAAUGGAAUGUCAGCAAGGAAUUUAAUGGAAGAGAUGACCAAUAUAGAAGAAAGUGGUGAGAUAGCAAAAUCGGAAUUGACUGUUCCGAUACGUUCUAAACUUAAACAUUCUGUAGUAAGCAUGAAGAGUAGAAAAGUUCUUUCAAAAGAUAAUGUAAAGAAAAUAGCAGAAGAAAACAACGAAAUGAAAGAACAAACACAGUGCAAGAUUUGUUGUGAAAUGCCUGUAUCUAUUGUAUUUUUACCCUGUGGACAUUUAUCGUCAUGUUCCCAAUGUGCCCCCGCCCUGAAAUCAUGUCCUGUAUGUAGGUCAGAAAUCAAAGGUUCUGUCAAAGUCCAGUUUAAAUAACCAAGUCAUGUAGUAGUUUAUCUGCCAUUAUUGUUUUUUAAUCUUUGCAAAAUACCUUUUAUAAAUUAUUAUUUAUUUUUGUAUAUAAUAUAUAUCAUUUUGAUGAUAAUCAUAGAUUACCAGUUUCAUCUCAAUGAUAUUAAUUUUCUCGCUUGAGCCGGGACGGCGAAAGCGAGAAAGGCAAUCGAGUUGAGAUGAACAAUGAUAAUCUUUUAAUCGCUAUUUUACCUAUAACGACGUUGUCAAUUUCGUUAGCAACGCCACGUGCAUGCUUAGUUUCUAGCGAUAAAUUUCCAUCUCAAGCGAGUAGCAUGAUAUGAAAAUUAUCACAAAACAUAAAAGGGAAAAUGCACAAAAUAGCGAUAAUGCUAUACAUCUAAUAUGGACUAGUUUUUUUAAUAAGCUAUAUGCUGCAUAAUACUGUGAUUUCAUUUUUUUCCCGCAUGAUACCAACUUUGUAAUUGUGAUAGUAAAAUUUACCCAAAAGGUCUAGAUCUAGACCGAUUCUAAGAGGGGUAUAAACCCAUUUUAAGUAAAAUAUUUCCCCGUCUAAACAUUUAAUUUUACCCUUUAAUUGUUUACUUUUACAACUUAGUUUAAUUACACACUAUUGAGGACCAAAUAAAUUUGACAUAAAGUUAGCUGAAGUUAAUUGUUCUAGUUGUAAACUAACAUUUUGUUAUGAAUAUGAAUUCUUCGUGGGCAAGAAUUGAAGAGUGCAAUAUUAAUGAAUAGAAUUUACAUUUAUAUUAAUGAAACAUGUUUGAAUGAUUUAUAUAUAUUAUGGAAAACUUGAUACUAUUUUUUUAACAUUGUUAUUCUUGUAUACAUUGUAUUAACUCUGAAGAGUAGUAUUUAUCCUUUGUUUAUUUUCUUAUUGUUUUUGUAUUAAGAAACAUUAAUGGCAGAUUACAGUGAAUAAAUAUGGGGUGCCCAAAUUAUUCACAACUUGUAUAAGUUUCCUUUUGAUUAUGUGAAGAGAUAUUUGGAUAUGAUGCUAUAUGAUCAUAAAUUUCUCAUCACUCCCAGUUAACUUGUACAGGCUACCACCGAUGUGUUCAUGUCAUAACAAGUCCUUUUAAUUUUAUAGGCAGAAUGGCCUGAUUUUUUUUUUAUUUUUGUUAUUUUUUACACAAGUUUUUGUUUACAUUUGUUCAACCUACUUUUACAUAAGUUAUUAGAAAUGAAACGGGUAUCAUAUGUUAAUAUGUUAUUUUCAAGUUUAUGUUUUUGAAAUAUCUUGCAUUUCAGUAGAUAAAGCUCAUACUUAUUAGAAAAUAAACGUGCCUCUCUUAUCAUUUUCAUAUAAAUAUUACCGUCCCUGCUACGAGCACCAGUGCUUUCUAUUUUAAGAAACUGUAACAUUGUAAUGACUCACGAUAUCUUCUACACCCAUGUUCUUAAAUUCUGACUCCCUUUUUUUUUUUGGUUUGAAAUUUUAAUUUUAAGUGUUACAAUUUUUAUAAUAUGUUCAAAGUGCAAACUAUGAUCAAUAUAGAGAGAAAAAAACAUACUUGUUUUACCUGCCUUAAAAAACAAAAUUUAUAAACUUUUAUUUUUUUAGACGCUGUAUGUAGUUUUAUGCUUUUUUUGAUUGAAAAUGCAUUCUGUUGUGAAAAUUAUGAUUCACCCACUGUGGAUUCACCCAAUCAGAAACUGAAAUGCAAGAGACGAAUUCUAUUGAUUCGUGUUACAUUAGGAUUCAUGUUUAAUAUUGCUGCCUUUAUUACUAAUAUAAGUGCUGAUGUAGCUAAAUCUGAACCUCAAAUUAUGAUGAAGUACCAAUUAAGAUCAUAAUGUGUGAGUAAAAAUACAUAUGUUUCCCAAAACAAUAUAUAAUGUUCUAAAUGCUUUUACAUUAAAAGCAAUUUAUAUAUGAUCAAAACCUAAUAUUCAAAUAAGGUAGAAAAAGAACAAACGUUUUAAAAAUGUCAAAAUUUAAAAAUCUAUGAAAUUUCUUUUUUUAUUGGGUACUUGUAACAUGUAACGCACAAACUUGUUUUCAAAUCGUAAAAAAAAUAUCCAGAGCUGGUUUUGACAUGAAUACACACAUAGCUACUACAUGGUUUGUUUAUCAUAAAAAAAAAGUCAUUUCAGGAAUAUUUAUCCUGCACAGUUGUUUGUAUAUAUGAUCACCAAUCUUACAUCAACGUAAUAUUUUUGUUGUUUUACAUUUUUUUUCUUAUGUGGAAACUUUUUACAUUGUGUGUAUACCUUUUUUACUUUCGUUAUUAAAAAUUCAAUAUGAAACAAGUAUCAAAUGUAAAUAUGAUAUAUCCAAGUUAUCUUUGUCAUGUUAGAGGUAGUGUUGAGUGUCCGCUAACAUGUUUAACAUGGCCACAUUCUGCAUUUGCAUAUUCAAAGUCAGAAACGUG